UAGAAAGAUGGUGCUAACGGAGUUCGUGAAUACAGGAAGAUGUUCAUCGGCGGGCUGAACUGGGAGACCACAGACCAAUCCCUGAGGGAUUACUUCUCACAGUUUGGCGAAGUGGUGGAAUGCACGGUCAUGAGGGAUGGCGCAACCGGCCGAUCCCGCGGUUUCGGCUUCCUCACCUUCAAAGACCCUAAGACGGUCAAUAUCGUCAUGGUCAAGGAGCACUACCUGGACGGCAAAAUUAUUGAUCCCAAGCGCGCCAUCCCCCGCGACGAGCAAGAGAAGACGUCCAAAAUCUUCGUGGGCGGUGUCAGUCAAGAGACGACCGACCACGAGUUCCGCGAGUACUUUGCUCAGUUCGGCCGCGUCGUCGACGCCACCCUCAUGAUGGACAAGGACACGGGCCGCCCGCGCGGCUUUGGCUUCGUCACCUUCGAGAGCGAGGCCGGCGUCGAGGCCUGUCUCGCGGCCAACCUGGAGAUCCACGGCAAGCCGAUCGAGGUCAAGAAGGCCCAGCCGCGCGGCAACCUCCGCGACGACGACGACGCUGCUCGCCGCGGCGGUGCCGGGGCCAAGUUUGGUCGGAAGGGCCAGGGCGGCGGCAUGGGCGGCAUGGACGAUGGCCAGGGCGGAGCCAUGGGGAUGGGCGCCGGCAUGGGUGCCGGCAUGUCGGGCCAGCUCAUGGCGCAGUAUCUGCAGCGCAUGCAGCAGGCCAUGGCCAUGUUCCAGCAGCAGAUGAUGAUGAACCGCAACUUGAACCCGGCCAUGCAGCAGAUGAUGUACAUGCAGCAGAUGCAGCAGAUGCAGGCCAUGAUGGCGGCACAACAGCAGGGCCGCGGCGGCCCGGGCAUGCCGCCGGGCAUGCCCAUGAUGAACCCGGCGUUGAUGCAGCAGCAGAUGGCGCAGAUGCAGCACAUGAUGAACCAGCAGCAGGGAGGCGGUGGCGGUCCGGGUGGUGGCAGCGACGGCAGUGGCCCUCAUCAGGGGAUGAACUCCGGUGGUGGGAUAAAUCCCGGCGCUGGGGAACAAGGGCCAGGCGGAGCUGGAGGCGGCGGCGGCGGCGGCGGCGGAGGUGGAGGUGGAGGUGCGGGUGGCCAGAACCGGCCGGGGUACAAUUCCUUUGAGCAGCAGCAGUUCGAGCAGCAGCAGCAGCAGGGGCCGGUCCAAGGUCAGGGCCGUCGCGGCGGUCGCGGAAUGGGUGACAUGCACCACCAGCAAGCCUACAACCAGGGCGGCUACAUGGGAGGAGGAGGCGGUCCCGGCGGGCCGACCAGCUGGGAGGGCAUGUACGACGACGUCCCGCAGCCCAUCAUGACCACCCAGGGCGGCGGUAACUUUGGCGGCGGCGGCCCCGGAGGCGGCCGCGGCGGGUUCCACAAGGGCGGUCGCGGCGGACACCAGCAGAUCCCGCAGGGUCCCGUAGACCCUGCCAACGCACCGCCCGCAAACGCUCCGACCGGGCCCAAGAAUGCGGGCAGGCCGGGUGCAAACUAUCGUGGCGGCGGACGUGGUGGCAACCGAGGGUUCCAUCCCUAUGCGAGAAGCUAAGGGGGUCGACCGCUCCCAAAGGAGGAGGAGGAGGAGGGAGGGUAUUGCCUCGGCGACAGGUUCCUUUUUCAUUCCUCUCAUUUGGGAGGGUUUCCUCGAGUCUCUACCCUGGCUUGGCUGAUAUGUUCAGUAGCUGGUGCCUACUUGUGGGUUUGUGAUCGGGUUGGGGGAGUCUCGAGGGUGUGCUACUGCCUCGCGCAGAGGAAACGGAAUGGAUGGCCUAGCAAGAUGAUGUAGGCAGAGAUGAUAUCGGGAAGACUUGGAGAUUGACGGGGAGGAGCAACAAGGUGUCUCUCCCUUCCGGUGGCCUUCCUGUACGAUAUAUAGCUGGCUUUAUUGAUAAUCCCACGCAAUUCUUUUCUCGUCACGGUU